GCACUUCGUUCCGUUCGCUCGUACCGUUCGCUUCGUAGCGGCGGAAACUCCGUACUUUCGAUAGCUGGUAUCUCACAGAUACUUUUCGAGACCCCGAAGACGAGAACUCGCAUCGCAUAUUCGCCCGAGAAAACUCUCAGUAAAUCUCAGAUAAUUAAAACGAAAUAUAUAACUAAACGUCAAUUUUUUUUUUGGUGCAAACGCAAGCCAAAAAAUUUCAUUUUGGUGUGGAUUACCAGUGGAAAAGUGUGUGCUUAAAAUGGAAUAAACAAGGCUAUCAUAAAAACAAAGCCCGAAAAACCAAACAAGCUGAAAAUUGUCAACCCAACAAUUAUGGAUUAGUGCCAGUGGCCGGUCAGAGUCAGUUAAAAAUAUAUAUGCAUAUAAGAGGACUAAGGAGCCGAAAUUGUUUAAAUUGAUUACAAACAAACAGUAUCUCAAGGCCCAAAGGAGCAAGGAGUAGAAAGGAGGAAAAUAAAGAAAAGUGAGAAAGUGACACCCAAGACUUCAGUUCUGUCAUUGAAAAGGUGUUGAAGCAACAUGUUGCACACGAUGCAGCUGCUCCUGCUGGCCACUAUUGUGGGCAUGGUCAGGAGCUCGCCGUACACGAGCUAUCAGAACCAACGGUUCGCCAUGGAGCCGCAGGAUCAGACGGCAGUGGUUGGGGCCAGGGUAACGCUACCCUGCCGAGUGAUCAACAAACAGGGCACGCUCCAAUGGACCAAGGAUGACUUUGGACUUGGCACGUCCCGGGAUCUGAGUGGAUUCGAACGCUACGCGAUGGUGGGCAGUGACGAGGAGGGUGACUACUCCCUGGACAUUUAUCCAGUGAUGCUGGACGACGAUGCUCGUUACCAGUGCCAAGUGAGCCCAGGUCCCGAGGGCCAACCAGCCAUUAGGUCCACAUUCGCCGGAUUGACGGUGCUCGUUCCGCCCGAGGCGCCCAAAAUCACACAGGGCGACGUCAUCUAUGCCACCGAGGAUCGCAAAGUGGAGAUCGAGUGCGUUUCGGUUGGCGGAAAGCCGGCUGCUGAGAUUACCUGGAUUGAUGGCCUGGGCAAUGUCCUUACGGAUAACAUUGAGUACACGGUGAUACCGCUGCCCGAUCAGCGACGCUUUACGGCCAAGUCCGUCCUGCGAUUGACCCCCAAAAAGGAACACCACAACACGAACUUCAGUUGCCAGGCGCAGAACACGGCGGACCGCACCUAUCGCUCGGCGAAAAUACGUGUCGAGGUGAAAUAUGCCCCCAAGGUGAAGGUGAAUGUGAUGGGCUCGCUUCCCGGCGGUGCAGGUGGUUCGGUUGGUGGUGCAGGCGGUGGCAGUGUCCACAUGAGCACCGGUUCCCGUAUUGUGGAGCAUUCGCAGGUGCGCUUGGAGUGCCGGGCAGAUGCGAAUCCCAGCGAUGUCCGGUACCGCUGGUUCAUAAACGACGAACCGAUCAUCGGCGGCCAGAAGACAGAGAUGGUGAUACGCAAUGUGACUCGCAAGUUCCACGAUGCGAUUGUCAAGUGCGAGGUGCAGAAUUCCGUGGGCAAGAGUGAGGACAGCGAAACCCUUGACAUAAGCUAUGCUCCCAGUUUCCGGCAGCGACCACAGUCAAUGGAGGCGGACGUUGGCAGCGUGGUGUCCCUAACCUGCGAGGUGGACAGCAAUCCGCAGCCGGAGAUCGUCUGGAUACAGCAUCCCAGUGACCGGGUGGUCGGCACCAGCACAAAUCUCACAUUCAGUGUGAGCAAUGAGACGGCUGGAAGGUACUACUGCAAGGCCAAUGUACCCGGAUACGCUGAGAUUUCGGCAGAUGCCUAUGUCUAUCUGAAGGGCUCGCCGGCGAUUGGAUCGCAGAGGACACAGUACGGACUGGUGGGAGAUACGGCUCGGAUCGAAUGCUUUGCCAGCAGUGUUCCUCGAGCCCGUCACGUCUCGUGGACGUUCAACGGCCAGGAGAUCAGCUCGGAAUCGGGACACGACUAUUCGAUUCUGGUUGAUGCCGUGCCGGGGGGCGUGAAGAGCACGCUCAUCAUUAGGGACAGCCAGGCCUACCACUACGGAAAGUACAACUGCACGGUGGUCAACGAUUACGGCAACGACGUGGCCGAGAUUCAGCUGCAAGCCAAGAAGAGCGUUUCCCUGCUGAUGACAAUUGUGGGCGGCAUUUCGGUGGUGGCCUUCCUGCUGGUGCUGACCAUUUUGGUUGUGGUCUACAUCAAGUGUAAGAAGCGCACCAAGCUGCCGCCAGCGGAUGUGAUAAGCGAGCAUCAGAUCACGAAAAAUGGCGGCGUUAGCUGCAAACUGGAACCAGGCGACCGGACCUCGAACUACAGCGAUCUAAAGGUGGACAUUUCGGGCGGCUAUGUGCCCUACGGCGACUACAGUACGCACUACAGUCCGCCUCCGCAAUACCUGACCACCUGUUCGACGAAAUCCAAUGGCAGCUCGACCAUUAUGCAGAACAACCAUCAGAACCAAUUGCAACUACAGCAGCAGCAGCAACAGAGCCACCACCAGCACCACACACAGACGACGACCCUGCCGAUGACCUUCCUGACCAACAGCAGCGGUGGCAGCUUGACUGGCAGUAUUAUUGGAUCCCGUGAAAUUCGCCAGGACAACGGGCUGCCCAGUCUGCAGUCGACCACCGCCUCGGUGGUUAGCUCAUCGCCGAAUGGCAGCUGCAGCAAUCAGAGCACCACUGCCGCCACCACCACCACCACCCACGUGGUGGUGCCCAGCUCGAUGGCCCUGAGUGUGGAUCCCCGCUAUAGCGCCAUUUACGGCAAUCCCUAUCUUAGGUCCUCCAACUCGUCGCUGCUGCCGCCACCCACUGCCGUUUAGGGUGGACCAGCACCGUCCACCACCAACACCACCACCACCACCACUGCCAACAACAACGAUGACCCACUGAGCCACGCUAAGACUGAUCUCACAAGGAACCGAGGCCCCGGCGGCUGCUUUUGGGGGGGUAUCACUGUUCGUGGUGGUGCGUUUUUUCAGCUACCAAAAAUUCGAAUUGCUUAGGUUUAGGCACUUAGCUCACAUACAUCCGAUUAUAUAGGCAUAAUCGUAAGCUGAUCUUUAGCAUCAUCAUUUCUAUAGUCCUUAGGUCUAGGGUAUUUUAUUUUAUGUUUUUUUUUUUUUUUGUCGUUUUUGUGUUCUUAGCUUAAGGAUCUUACAGUAGGCUAAUAUCCCCAGUUUGAUCUAGAGAGAGACUAAGCUUCAAAGAAUGAGUGUUAAGCAUUUACAGAACAAAAAACAAAUCUUAGGAAGAUUAGAAAGUUUUACUGCUUGUUGAGAAAACGCCGUAAUGUACUAGUUAACUGAUUGGGGAUUUAACCUCCAGUUACAAGAAAGAAAAAAACUGGUUUUCUUGGGGGCGGGGAUAUGCGAGAGCCGUUUUGAACAUGUUCUCUGAUUUCAUAUAAUGUUUCAAAUAUUAUUUUCGAUUCAAAUAUUAUUUCCGUGUCUCUUAUUCUCAAAACUUAAUGCUCUUCUAUUUUUAAAAAAUUUGAUUGCUAUUUUUUGUACAGUGUACAUGUGUACAUGAAACUUUAGAACUAUUUCGUAACGCGUAACUCUCCCAGAGAUUUUGAAAUCCCAAGAAUAUUCCUUCGUCAAAAACAGCUGCCCCUAUAUAAUCCGCAAAAAAUAUAUAGAAUGGUAAUUGAAAGAAUUCAAUUUUAUGUAUACACAGCUAUAGUAUAUGCUAAAUGUUAAUGAUAUAUAUAUAUACAACAAGCAUGAAGACAUUCAGUUGAAUGGAUAGCGAGUAAGCGAACGAAAUGCCAAAGUACCUGAUAGUAUUUAAGUAGGGGGUGGGAAAGUCUUUGGAUCGGUACCGCCCGCCAUUAACUUCUUCUGAAUUAUGUAGCAUUAUCUUUUCUCGCCGGAAUUCUAAGCUAUGACUUGGGAUUCGAUAGUGUGUUUUACGAUUAAAUAAAUAUAGAAGCUAGAUCUUGACAGUCGCCUUAACUUAUGACACGCCCAUACAUCUCAAAACGCCCAUGCAAAUAUAGGAAAAGAAAACAAAAAUGAGAGCGUAAACGUAUUCAAUUCGUCAGUUCAAUUGUGCUAAGUGUACUUCUAAGUGUAUAACGGUCUAAUUAUCCUAGUUGUAGCCUAACUAAUGAUAGACACGCAUAUUUAAAGUAUAGAACCUAGCCCUAGAUAUACAUACAUGCAUUUUUUUUCAUAGGCCUAAGCAUUAUAUUUUGAUAAGCCAGCGUAUUUCGUCUAAGGAGCCCCUGAAAAGUAAACAUUACUAUUUCAUUUUGCUAUAUUUAUUAGCUGUGGGUAUUUUAUUAGUGUCGCCAAUUAAGCGCGAAACGAACAAAUGUUUUUUGUUUACAAAAUGCAAAUGAUAAAAGCAAAUAAGCAGCAUGAAACACACACAAAGUUAAACACGAAAACAAAAAGCAAAAAAAAAACUGAAUAAAAAUUUAUUGAAAAAAAAAAAAAAAAAAAACAGAAAGCCGAGGAAAGCGAAUUGAGAGUUGGACAUCAAAGACGAAAGACAAAUAUACGGUAGGGGGCAAAAAACAUUUUUAAUUUGCCCAGGUCGGAAGGACCAACUGUCAGUUAGCUGCAAAAAGCCAAAAAUCAAACAAACAAAAGUGAAAUGAAAAUGUUCCACCACUGGCACCACUUGCACCACCACCACCGCCAGUCAUGUGUGUUAAUUUAUGGCAAGUCGACUCGCCGUUGUCGGAGCUACUGCACUGUGGAAAAAGGUGGGUAUAUUUUCGUAUUUAAGAAUGAUUUGGCUUUCGAGGAUAAGCAAGUGGUAAAAUAAAAGAGGUUAAAAUAAGAGAAAAAACGUCUUUAACUCUUUUCUGUAUACUAGAUUUGAAUUCUAUUAUGUUUUUUUGCUAUUGAUUUAUUUUAAUUUAAUUUUAAUUUAUUCCAGAAAACGCUUUCUACCAUAUUUUCACUCAGUGUGACUGACCAGAGUUGUGAAGUUGACAAUGCAAACAAACGGCUCGCUAAGCUCGACUAAAAAUGCUUAAUGAGAGUGCGUAAGGGUGGCCCCCCAACCGUUGAACCACCCACCAGUUCACCACUCCACCCGCUUCCCCCUUUCCCACCCCAGCCCACCAGUUUCAGGACCCUUUUUCGCCGCCCCUUGAGGCAAGUGUUGGCCGCAAGAAAUUCUGCGGCUAUGGGCAACAAAGUCGCGCACGACGCCCAUUAAACUAAAUUAGUUGCCCUUUGUCACCGAACGACCCUCGCUGUCACACGUGGCUCGCUGGGGGCGGUGGGGUCGAAUGUUUUGGGGCGGCGGGUGGUUCGAACAUACGUGCACUUAGCCAGAAGGAAGUUGCAAUUGCGGUUGGCUGUGUUAAUUAGCGUUUUCUUUUUUUCCUCAUUGCGAAAGCGAAGGGGAAACUCUCGAAAACUGAAACUAACGUGAGUUGGCAAAUGUCAAGAGACUGGUGAAAGUAAAGCCACAGAAACUGACAUUAGUUGGAAUCCUUUUCAGAACCCUUUAUGAAAGUGCACCAGCUUCACUUCAGUUUCUUUAAUGCUAAUGCUACUCUACUAAGGCAAUAUUCAAUGCAAAGCCUUGUACACAUUGAUAUUCACUUUGAUAUACUUGCAUAGGAAUAUUCAAUAUAUUUUUCCUCACAUAUGUAUGCUUAUAGUAUUUUUUUUAUUUAUUUUGGAAAAUUGCUUGGCGUUUCCCAAGCCCCCAACCUCGUUGACAAUUGGCAAAAGUUGCGAGUAAGCUUCUUCAGAAACAGCAAUUCGCAUUGUCCGUGAAGUCGUGCGGAGUUUUGCCGGCGCGUUAAUCACUCUGCAAUCCAACAUCCUUUCGGGUUUCAGGUUCCCUCGGCUCCUCUUUGGGAUGACUUUUUUUUUCAAGGGGAGGACGGAGGACGGGACUGGAGAUGGCGCAAAAAACGGACACGAGGCGCCCGAAGAGUUACGAUUUCAUUAACAUGAGAUAUGGCAACUGCCAAAGCGCUGGUCGCUCCGAAGCCUUGGGUUUUCUUUUUUUUUUUUUGGGUACAGGAUUGGGGGUUUGUGGUUCGGUUCGGUUCGGUUCGGUUCGGUUCGGGGUCGGUUCGGUUCGGGGUCGUUCCGGGGGUCGUGUUGGGCUGGUUUAUGGCUCAAGUGUUGGCUUGUCGUCGCCGCUUGUGUCGCACUGCGUUGUUAAUUGCUACAAGGAGAGUGGUCGAAGGAGCGACAGAGACAGGUGGAUGGAAAGCACUCGGAAAAAUCAUUGACCCACUUGGAAACAUGGGAUCUCACGU